AGAACACAUUAUUCUCCCGUCAUCCCCCACGUUGCGAUGCACGUGUUUUCGGUUUUCCCUUACCAUCAUGGCGUCCUACUGAUGUACACAGACAAAGCAACGUUUGGUGAUAGAUCUUCAACUCAUCCACGUGUCCUAGGUAACUUGUAAAGCGUAGGCAAAGGUUAAGGAAUAUGGCUGAGGUUGAAGAUGGAGCAGUGGCAGCUGCCACCUCGCUGGGUGAAAUGGAUUCUGGCCCGGAGAAAGUGGCGGAUGAAGGAGGAAUGGCAGAGAAUGUAGAGGAGGAAGCGACAGAGAAUGUGGAGGAUGGAGCGACAGAGAAUGUGGACGAAGUGGCGAUGGACAGGGAGGCUGAAGCAGGCUCAGACUCUAACAUGUACCGCUACAUCAAGGGGGACCUUUUCACCUCCGAGAUCUUCAAAGUCGAGAUCCAGAACCUGCCCAAGUUCGUCAGCUUCAACAACCUGAAGAAGUUCCUGUGCAAUCACGGCGUCAGCCCGCACAAGAUCAAGCUCUUCGGGAAGCAGACGUUCGCCUUCGUCACCUUCAAGAGCGAGCAGGAGCGCGACAAGGCCAUGAAGGUGGUGCAUGGGAUGCAGUGGAGGGGCCGGGUGCUGAGCGUGCGCCUGGCCAAGCCCAAGGCCGACCCCAUCGUCCGGAAGAGGAGGCAGGAGGAGGCGGAGGGGGGCCAGCCGGCCUCCAAGCGCUCCGCGGACUCCCAGGGGCAGGAGGAGAACCAGGAGCCGCUGUGGAAGCAGAUAGCGGACGUGGUGACGCCCCUGUGGAAGGUGCCCUAUGAGGAGCAGCUGAAGAGGAAGGAGCAGGAGGUGGAGGCCAUCCUUCAGAGGCUUGCCAGGGAAAUCGGAAACAACAACCGAGCUAUGCUGCCCUGGCUGUUUGUGCAGAAGGAGAAGCAUAAUAAGAUGUGCUGUCCACUCGAGCCCAUCCGGCCCUCUCCUGUCCAGACUGAGUACAGGAAUAAGUGUGAGUUUCUCGUGGGGAUCGGGGCAAACGGGGAGGACAAGACGGUGGGGUUUCGGCUGGGGAAGUACAAAGGAGGCUCCUGUGCCGUGGUGGGCCCCUCCGAAAGCAUCCACGUUCCCCCAGAGGCCAAGAAGGUGGUCCAGGCCUUCCAGGACUACAUCAGGACGACCUCGUACUCGGUUUACAGCCCGGAGACGUACGAGGGCCACUGGAAGCAGCUGACCGUACGGACCAGCAGGACCGGGCAGGUCAUGAUCAUGGUCUACUUCAAUCCGCAGAAACUUGAAGAAGAGGAACUUGGCAGGCUGAAGAGCUCUUUGAAGCAGUGUUUCACAGAGGGAGAAGGGAAAGAGAGCGGGGUCACGUCUCUCUACUUUGUAAGAGAGGGGCAAAGGACGUCUCCAAAUGUGGAGGACCUGCCCUGCGAGCUGGUGGCAGGAGAGUCCUGGAUCCAUGAGGAGCUCCUCGGCCUGAAGUUCAGGAUAUCUCCACACUCCUUCUUCCAGGUGAACACGAGAGCUACAGAGGUUCUGUACUCUGCUGUGGGGGAAUGGGCCCAGCUGGACCAGGACAGCACGGUUCUGGACGUCUGCUGUGGGACGGGAACCAUCGGCAUCUCCCUGGGCAAGAGGGUAAAGAAGGUGAUUGGGAUUGAGCUGUGUCAGGAGGCAGUGGAGGACGCCAAAGUUAACGCCAAGCUCAACGGUCUGACUAACGUGGAAUUCCACUGUGGAAAAGCGGAAGACAUCUUCCCGUCUGUGCUGAAUGCCGUUGUUUCCCGGAAUCUGACAGCCAUCGUGGACCCUCCCAGAGCAGGACUGCAUACCAAGGUCAUCUUGGCAAUCAGACGAGCAGAACAUCUGAAGAGGCUGGUUUAUGUGUCUUGCAAUGGAAAAGCUGCCAUGAACAAUUUCAUAGAUCUCUGCAGAGCUCCCUCCAACCGUGUUCGAGGUGCCCCGUUUCGGCCAGUCAAAGCCAUGGCGGUGGACCUGUUUCCCCAGACCAUGCACUGCGAGGCGCUGCUGCUGUUUGAGAGAGUGGACUACAGCUCCCAGAGUGACACAGCCAAACAGGAAGCGGAAGCCCCUGCAAAUUAACCAAUCAGAUUCUCCAUUCCGCCUUGCUCCAGAUGAACUGCCUUUUCCUAUCAUGCGUUGUUUGUACACACCUGAGGUCUUAAUGGAAAACACAGUUCCUGUGCAUGUUCUGGUAUUGCUUAUUAAUCAAUUGCUUAUUUGAAUCUUAAUGUAAUAUGCACUAAAGACUAAAGAGAAAGUGGGUGUAGUUGAAAGCAGUUGCAUACCAGUAAGUUGUACUUGAUAUGAUUUAAACCUUUUUAUUUUAUUUUUUAUGUUUUUGGUAUAGCGGACAGAGCAUCAGACCUUAGUGUAUAAUUUGUC